CAUCCUCUCUUCUCUCUUUUUGCACUUGAGACCGCUGGCAUUUUCCGCUCAUCUUCUGUUGCCUGCUCAAGUCCAGACAGAUCCUCGGGGUCUCAUUUUGGAUAGUUUGGCUGCACCCACACUUCUCCAGAGCCACCACAAGUCAAGGUGAAUGCCGUCAUGCCAUUUGGGUGCCUUGCUCUGCGAGAUGGGCAGACCUAUGACAGUAUAUCCGAUGUGACAGACAAAUAUGAGAUUGGGCAAGUCCUCCGAGCGAAAGAGUUCUGUGAGCUGUGCCUGGCUAAGGAAAGACAAACAAACAAAGUGUUUGUCUGCAAGAAAUUCCUCAAGAAAGAUGGCAGGAAAGUCCGCAAGGCCGCCAAGAAUGAGAUCAUGAUCCUUAAAUUGGUCAACCACCCAAACAUCCUUCAGCUAAUAGACACAUUUGAGACCAGGAAAGAAUACUACAUCAUCCAGGAACUGGCCACGGGCGGAGAUGUUUUUGACUGGAUCCAAGACCAAGGCAACUACACAGAAAGAGAUGCCUCCAACGUCAUCAGACAGGUCCUGGAAGCUGUGGCAUACUUGCACUCUCUCAACAUUGUCCACAGGAAUCUGAAGCUGGAAAACCUCAUGUACUACACUGAAAACAACCACAACAAAGUCGUUCUGCGAGAUUUCUAUCUGUCUAGAUUUGAGAAUGGGACCAUUACGGAACCUUGUGGCACACCAGAAUACUUGGCACCUGAAGUAGUGGCUCGUCACCGAUAUGGCCGACCUGUGGACUGCUGGGCUGUGGGUGUCAUUAUGUUCAUACUGUUAUCGGGUAACCCUCCUUUUUAUGAUGAGACUGAAGAGGAAAACACUGAUCUACAUAAUCGCAUCAUUUUCUGUCGAAUUGUUGCUGGUGAUUUUGAGUUUGAUUCUCCAUACUGGGAUGACAUCUCCCCUGCAGCUAAGGAGCUCGUCUGUCGACUCAUGGAAGUUGACCAGAUGCUGAGAAUCACGGCACAAGACGCACUUUGGCAUGAAUGGAUUGCAGGUAAUGGCGCGUCAGAGAAGAACCUAAAGGAUGGCGUCUGUGCCCAGUUUGAGAAGAACUUUGCAAAGGCCAAAUGGCGGGAGUUGAAGAAAGCGAUCCGUGUCACCACAUUUAUGCAGCGACUGAAGAAUUCCGAGUCAGUUAUUGACAGUUCAACUGAGGCGCAGCGUGGGGAAGAUGCAGGGGAAGUUAAAGAGGUGACCGAGUUAACAAGCGAUAAGGAAGGUGGCAGGGUCACACAGCGCGGAGUGACCACAAGUGGCGUGCCAUUAGAGGUCAUGGUUGAAAACAGGUCACCUGACAUGUACCAGGAAGUUGAAAAACAGCAGGCGGUAAAGGUGCAUAUUGAAGUUGGAGCGUCCCCAUCUUGCGAUACCCUUGGCACAAAGGAAGUGCCAGACGGUCAAACCAAGCAAACAGCCGCUAAUUUGGAUGAAAACAAAAAAUAUAAAAAAGCGCCCACUACCACCACAGAACACAGUAAGCUAGCAGAGAGCAAUUUAGGCCCUCAUCCUGACAGGAAACUAUCAUGCGCCUCACCUGAUCCCAGCAACAAUCGUAAGAUGACUGCGACACUUCAUGCCCCCCCAGCCUCCGCUAAUAUGACACGCAAGGAUGGAAAUGACAGCAGCUGGUGUCAGACACAACUGCCAGAGGCCAUGGCGGAGAGUUCGGUGGGUGCAGCAGCCACUCCGGCAAUUGCGGCGGGAGCUGGGGCAGAUGUAGGUCCGGGUGUUCGGUUAAGGGCUGAAGCAAGUCCCGUGUUGAGGAGGGAGAGGGACGCCAAGAAAACAGACCGAUAUAGUGCAGAGUAUAAUAUCGCCAGAGAAAGCCCUACUGCAGGUCAGGGCUGCUACGGAAUUGGCAGCUCUGCUAGUUUGGGCCGGCACGCCACACCCUACACUAGAGACAUUGGCACCAUGGGGAUGGCAGGGCCCUAUGGGAGUCCAUAUUGCACCUUGUAUCCGAGUGGAAGAAGCGUGGGGAUGUACGGGACCGGGUUACAUCACGGAGGAGUGGGCAGCGGUGCCAAAAGCGACUGGCAAAUGGACAGUGUGAUUGAGCAGAUAGAGAAACAAAUGGUGGCAGUGCUGGAGAAGAUUGAAGGAGACAUGCCUUCGUUGCUGGAGCAAAUCAGCGACUGCCCCCCUGAAACACGACGCAUUCGGAGCACACACGUCUCGCCUGCCACCUCCAGGGCACGCACCGCACAACACUCCUCUUUGGAAACCUUGGCCACACCGCCGCCUCUUCCAACCUCUCCCAGGCCUGCGCUACCAUCCCUCCCUCGCCUUACUAUCCCUCCUCCUUCCUAUCCUCCACCCUCACCACCGUCUCAAGCCUCAGUCCAGGCUGCAGAGGACCAAGAGUGUGGACAGAGUGGGACUGAAUGUUCUGGGCAUUCCUCCAGAGCUGGGAUGAGCAGAGAGUUAUAAAGUAGGUGAGAAUCAUCAAUACAAAAGAGGUCACAGAUGCCAUUUGAGUCUGGAUUGGCGGGUGACCAGUCCUGAAGAUGGAUAGGUGGAUGGAACUUAUUCUCGCUUGUAGAUCUUGAUUUAUCAUAACUGUCACAUAGAGACAGUACAUCCAUCUUGUCCUUUGAAAGAUGUUAUUCUAUGGCCACAAGGAGAUAACCUCUUGAAACAUGUUUAGCACCAAGAUCUUAUAGUUGAGUAAAAGGGAAUGACAAAAGCAAAAUAUUGUAUGGAAGCUAUAAGGAGCAUGAUCUAAAAAUAAAUAUGUGCAUUAUAUGCUCACUGCACAUUCUGGAAACAGACCCUUUGAGUCGUUUGACGAAAAUGCACAGCAUGGGGAAAAAAAGUAGAAUGACAGAAAUGAGAAACUACAAUUUGAAUGAUGUCCUGAUAAUUGUAAAUACAUUUACUGUAACUGGUUUCCCUUUUCUUGUUAUGCUCUGUGUUGUAAACUUCCUCAUGUCCAAACAUCUUUUAACAUCAUUAAUCAAGCACUUCCAUCCUUUUUAAUGUAGCAAUUCAUUUGAGAUGGAGGUCAAGGUUGCAGCCAAGUGGAAUGAUGAAACCUUGCAAUGGAGAUUUGUUCUGAAUACCCUACCUAAGUUAUUCAACAAUCAUAGAGAUAUUUUGAGAAGACAGAAGUCGACUUAUUUUACUAUCACAAAUGUAAAAGCGUUGUACAUUUUAUUCGUGCUUUAUUUUUUGUGUGGAGGGGCUGUUACCUCCAUGUUCUAUGCUCUCCUCUGAUCGAGAUGAAUCCGCCAUCCUACCCCAGUGUAAAAU